UUCUUGUGUGUGAAACUUCGGGAGAAGGCUGGGGGUGGGGGGGAGCUGCCUAGUAACUCCAGUAGAAGGGUUGGUUGACACAGGACCCAGCAGACAAAAGAGGCGGAACUACGUGGCUUCAAUUCAAAAGGAGAGCUCGGGCUUCUUGCAAAAGCAUCAGUCCGCGUAAGGGACAGAGUGGGAGUAACUUCCAUGCAGUGCAGGGCUCCCGUCACAGAGAGCCCAGUCAGGAGCUCGCACCGUGGGGAUGACACGCAUGCUGCUGCUGCUGCGGCUCAGCGAGCACUGUGUCAUUUGCCAGCCACUGCCCAUGGACCGGGAGGUUUAUUUGCUUUCUUGCAAUGGCUCCAGUGACAGAUCCGAACAAGUGGGAGCGACGCUAAUCUCCAUGGAGCCCCCUCCUGCCUCUGGCUGCUGCACCGUGUGAAGCCGACCCUGCCCGGACGGACCAUGAGGGGCGUCUUUGGCUUCAAGAGGCUGAGGCUGAAGACGUGGAGGAGAUGCACACUCCUGCUCUUCCUCUGCUGGGCUGCCUGCUGGCUGCUGGGCAGCACGUUCCUCUUCCUUGUCCACAGGAGCGUCUUCUCCGAGCGCUGCACGGACGAGAAAAGCCACAGGAUCCUGGCGAGGCUGUGUCUUGACUACAGCAAGGGAGCCCUGACUGGCGACCUUUGUGAAGACUUGUGUGUGGCACAGAAGCUGGUGUACAAACAGUGCCUUUACUAUGACAGAGGUAAGAAGGUCAUCCAGGCAGACUGGAGAGGCCAGCCAGUCAUCUUGAAAUCCAAAAAGGAAAUCUUCUCUAGCUACCAGCGCCUCAGAUUGCUUGAUGAAAUGGAAACACAGGAUGUUCCUGAGACAGAGCUUCUGCUGAUGGUAGCUUUGGAGGUCAAAAAUGUCCUGGGUCUGGAAUUAUCUAACACCACCAUGACACCCUUAUGGACUAAGAAAAGAAGUCUGCAUUGGAAAGCACAAGUAGCCAGCAUGUGGUCCUUACUCCAGCAGGAAGAAUAUAUCUACUUCAGUCUACUGCAGGACUUCAGCAAACAUGUCCUACAGGUCAUCGGCUCCUGUGGCCACUUUUAUGCUGUGGAAUAUCUCACAGCCGGACAUGCCUGGCACAAAACUAUUUUUCCUUUGGAGGAUGCAGUUGGUUCCUCCUUCACUGGCACUAAAAGCAAGGUGAAGGCAAUAACUGACAUUGCACUCAGCUUCCUAGAUAUGGUGAAUCAUUUUGAUAAUGAUUUCUCUCACCGGCUUCACCUGUGCGAUAUCAAACCAGAGAAUUUUGCUAUCAGAAAUGAUCUCACGGUGGUCGCCAUUGAUGUGGAUAUGGCCUUUUUUGAACCUAAAAUGAGGGACAUCCUUGAACAGAAUUGCACAGAAGAUGAAGACUGUAAUUUUUUCGAUUGCUUUUCAAAGUGUGACCUGAGACUCAGAAAAUGUGGGGCAGAGAGGGCCAACAACAACCUGCAAGUCAUCUGUGACAAAAUAUUCCGUCACUGGUUUUCUCCAAAUCUCAGAGGAGCCACAAUUUCCUUCCCUCUGCAGUUGCAGUUGCAAAAGGCUGUUCAUGAAUGUGCCAAACCAGGGCCCAAGGACUUGACGCAACACCAGCAAACAUCUCUGCGUUCUCUGUCUGAGUUAUACCAUUUGCUGCAAGCCAUUCAAAGACAACUUCAAAAAGCAGAUGGUUAGCCUGGUGAAAACCACUGGUAAUGAUGAUAUAUAAUAAUCAUCAUUGUCAGCAGUCUCUCUCUCUCUCUUUCCCUGCCCCUAGCCAUUGUCUUAAUUUUUACAGUGUAUAGCUUAUUUUUUUUACU